GAGCGCUUCUUUUGUGGUCCUGAUGCUGCCGCUGGCCUGAGAGCGAGAGCUUCCUCUCCAGCUGAGAGCUUUUCUCCUCCGUUCAUUUGCUCUUAUCCAACCUGUGUCGGUCUCGGGCAUGGCCAGAUUGACGGAGAGCGAGGCGAGGCGGCAGCAGCAGCAGCAACUCCUGCAGUCCAGAGCCUCCCCCAUGAGCAGCGGCCCCGAGCCCCCAGUCCAGCCGGACAGCAUGAAGGACCUGGACGCGAUCAAGCUCUUCGUUGGCCAGAUCCCCCGCAACCUGGAGGAGAAGGACCUCAAGCCCCUCUUCGAGCAAUUCGGCAAGAUCUACGAGCUGACGGUGCUCAAAGACCGCUACACCGGCAUGCACAAAGGGUGUGCUUUCCUCACCUAUUGCGCCCGGGAUUCCGCCAUCAAGGCCCAGACUGCUCUGCACGAACAAAAGACUCUUCCUGGGAUGGCGCGGCCAAUCCAGGUGAAACCUGCGGACAGCGAGAGCCGUGGAGGGGACCGGAAGCUCUUCGUGGGCAUGCUGAACAAGCAGCAGUCCGAGGAGGAUGUUCUUCGGCUUUUCCAGCCCUUUGGGGUGAUCGACGAGUGUACAGUGCUCCGGGGCCCCGAUGGGAAUAGUAAAGGCUGCGCCUUUGUGAAGUUCUCGUCACACACGGAAGCCCAGGCUGCCAUCCAUGCCCUCCAUGGCAGCCAGACAAUGCCAGGCGCCUCCUCCAGCCUGGUAGUGAAGUUCGCGGACACAGACAAGGAGAGGACCCUUCGGAGAAUGCAGCAGAUGGUGGGCCAGCUGGGCAUCUUCACGCCAUCCCUUACACUGCCCUUCAGCCCCUACAGUGCCUAUGCGCAGGCUCUCAUGCAGCAGCAGACCACAGUGCUGUCCACCUCCCACGGCAGCUACCUGAGCCCCGGGGUGGCCUUCUCCCCCUGCCACAUCCAGCAGAUUGGCGCCGUGAGUCUCAAUGGGAUUCCGGCCACGCCCAUCGCCCCGGCGUCUGGGCUGCACUCGCCACCACUCCUCGGCACAGCAGCCGUGCCGGGUCUUGUCACCCCCAUCACCAACGGCUUCGCGGGUGUGGUGCCUUUCCCCGGGGGGCAUCCAGCCUUAGAAACUGUAUACGCCAAUGGCCUUGUGCCCUACCCAGCUCAGAGUCCCUCAAUGGCUGAGACCCUCCACCCAGCAUUCUCAGGAGUCCAGCAGUACACAGCGAUGUAUCCAACUGCGGCCAUCACUCCCAUUGCCCACAGUGUUCCACAGCCUCCGCCCAUCAUCCAGCAGCAGCAGCAGCGAGAAGCAAAACCUAAAAUCCAGAGCAUAACGCUGACCCAGUGCCUUCCAGUAGCAGGAUGUCCCGAAGGCUGUAACCUGUUUAUCUACCACCUCCCCCAGGAGUUUGGAGACAGCGAGCUGAUGCAAAUGUUCCUGCCUUUCGGCAACAUCAUCUCCUCCAAGGUGUUCAUGGACAGAGCCACCAACCAGAGCAAGUGCUUCGAUGAGGAAACUGAGGCAGAGAUCAAGUAUCUUGACCAGGAUGACACAGCUAGUUUUGUGAGCUUUGACAACCCAUCCAGUGCCCAGACGGCCAUCCAGGCUAUGAAUGGCUUUCAGAUUGGCAUGAAGAGAUUGAAGGUCCAGUUGAAGAGGCCCAAGGAUGCCAGCCACCCUUACUGACAGAACCUACAGCACAGGUGAGGGGCAAAUCCAGAGGACGGUUUGCAGCUUCAAAUAGAUCCAGGAGAUUCCAGUAAAUUACAAACUGUUUUUGACACCAGCCCUCCCCUUCCUAUCCCCCUGCAAUACCCCACCCCCCCAAAAAUGUGAAACAUUGGAGAGGAACGCAGCUUUGGAAGGCAACGGCAAGGGGAUCCUUCCCAUGGGGGGCUCCAACAAUGUCCUGGGGACCAGAACAUGGCCCCUUGGGGACCAAGGAUUCUCCACCCUGAAAGGACACAGGGAAAGAGUGAAGCAUUGUGGACCAGAAAGUUCAUUGUUGUGUCUCUAGGUCACCAUGACAACUCUCAGAACUUUGAAACUCACCCUUUCACAUAUAUAUACAUAUAUAUAUAUACAGUAUAUAUUUUUUUUAAGUAAAUCACAGGACCAAACUUUGCAGAGACUUCUGCCUGUGGGAGAAGGAUUACGUCAUCUCAACAGGAACUUAACGAGCCCAGAACAUUAUCAGAGUGAAAAACGGAAGGGGAGCAAGAAUCAAGCACCCUCUCGGUCUCUCUCUGCUUAGUAUUAGGUUCGGGCUUUUGGAGAAGCAAGGAUGGAAAGUGCUCCAACACUAUAUACCUCCAGGAUCUUGUUACCAUGGCGGCAACUGGAUGAACCACUGAAGAAUCUUUGGAUGGCCUUCAGGCCAGCUUGGUUAGGCAAGCUUGAGUCCUUGGAGGGCCAGCGGGCCCAUGGAUUUGAGACUCUGGCUCAAUCCCAUCCCCAUAGGAAUUCCCUUGCACCUGGGUUUAGGCACAAAAAUUACCUAUGACUCUUCCCACCCCAACCCUCUUCCCUGCUCACACCUUUGUCUUCCCCAACAUCUUCAUCUUCAUAGCCUUAUCCUGUUCAGCCCUUGGGUUCCAUCUUUCUUCUGGGGGGUGCUGGGGAGGAGGGAAUUAAGGGACUAUAUCCCACCCACCCACCUCCCCACCCCCUGGCAGCUGCCUCCUGCCUCUGAAUAUACCAGCCCAGAAACCAAUCCCCCGUUUUACUGAGGGGGUCAAGAAUAAAGAAAACUAGACUCCUUGGUGUUCAGCUGGUCCAAACUCUGAUUGACCAAGCACACCCUUGGGACGAUAUUUUCUCCAAGAAUGUUUAACAGAAAAGGAAACUCUCUGGUCACCAACUUGGUCCUUGUCUGAGCUGGUGCCAGAAUGAAGGGGCAAAACAGAUUUCCCCAAGAAUACGGAGGCAGCCCGCGUGUAUCUAUCCACAUAUGUCUCUUCUCUCCAUAUAGAUUCCCAUACUUUAAGCACAGAACCAAGUUCAAAGCUUGGUUAGUAUCAUUCCCAAACAAGGGGAUGAUCCAGCUAAGAUACGUAACAAUUGGACCACUUGAAAAUAGCCCCUUUCAUUUCUACCAAAAGACCCUAAAAGGAAAAACAAAAAAACAAAAAACAAAAACCAUCUUCUGAACUUGUUUCAAGAUUCCAGAGUUUGAUAAUGUACCAAGAACAUUCCUAUUGGUGUGUGUGUGUCCGUGCAUUUGUGUGCGUGUGCGUGCCGGAGUGCGUAAGCGUUUGUAGGUAGCGCAUUGGCGGGAGAAAAAGAGCAAAAUGAGGGCGGGAGAAGUCGCUCUUCGAGGGGGAAGACGGGGGCUGUUGCCCGGCUUCUCUUGGACCUCAAGGUGCCACAUCAUGCUCUGCCCUCCUCAGGCCGCCUCCCCCAUGCUCCUCAGACCCCCCUUCGAGAGUGUGGUGGAGUGGCGGUGUGGCUCUGCGGCCACUGGCCGGUGGCCGGCGUGAGUGAGCGUGCGCGUGAGGCUUGCAGGAGUGGGAGUCGCGUGUUUCUAUAGUCCAUGUUUACUGGUUGUAAAUACCAUUUUUAUACCUGACAUCUAUUACGUACGUGAUUUGUACCUUAUUUCUGCUACAAGUAAUUUCAUGAAGUUUGAACUUAUCUAAUUUUAAACAAACGAACAAAAAAAGACUUUGGGAAAUUUUCAGUUAAUCUGAUUUGAAUUCUGUGUCAAAGAUCAAGUUUCUUCUACCAGAGUGAACUAUGUGACUGUCAAAUGUUACAGGUAAGAACAACCAUCGUCUUAAUGUCCAAAACUCCUCUCUCUGGUCUAAAGAACCUAAAUUUAUUUAAUAAAAGUUUUACUUGCUAAAGGA